AUGGAGACACUCAUCGCACUCCAAAAACCAAACAAGGACAUUCAGCCCAUCGCCAUUGGUUCAACUUACCGUAGAUUGGUCGCUAAAUUAAUCGCAUCUAGAAUCAAACACGAUGCCGCACACAUUCUAAGCCCCUAUCAACUUGGUGUAGGGAUACCUGGUGGGUGUGAAGCUGCUGUGCACUUAACAAGAAUUCACCUUGAAAAUAACCCAAAAAACGAAUCCAUAGUAAAAAUUGACUUCUCUAACGCCUACAACACUCUUUCGCGCAACACGUUCCUACAUUCAAUUUGCUUCCAUUUCCCAGCUUAUACCAAAUUUCUUUUCUCUUGCUACCAAUCACCAACAAUCUUACAAUUCAACAAAGAAAAGAUACUUUCUGUUGAGGGUAUCCAACAAGGUGACCCUCUCGGAUCCCUUCUCUUUAGUCUUGGAAUCAAUGACAUGAUAAAAUCAAUAAACUCUUCAUGUACUCUAUCGCUCCACGCUUGGUAUAUUGAUGAUGGAAUCUUGAGUGGUCCCAGUAGUGAAAUUGCCAAAGCAGUCACCAUAAUUAAAGAAAUGGGCACAGCCAUUGGACUUUCGCUUAACCAGAGCAAAUCUGAAUUCUCACUUUUAAAUUCUAAUGCUCCCAACACUCACGAUUUCAAAUUCACAUCAAGCGUUGAAUUAACACAUCUAGGAUCGCCUGUUGGAGGACACGAGGCAAUAAGCACCUUUCUUCAUUCCUCACUUGACAUACUCCUUAAACUGGAGGACAUCUUUACACUUCUUCCAUCACACAAGUCCUUUUUUUUGCUAAAAAAUUUCUUUUUUAUACCAAGGAUUCUUUACGCACUUCGGUCAACUCCAAUUUUUAAAUAUCCUAUUCCUAUCCAAACUUACGAAAAAGGAAUAAAGGACUUAACCGAAAAAAUAGUAAAUAUCAGAUUCAACGAAACUGCUUGGGCCCAAGCAACUCUUCCAACCAAAUUUGGUGGUCUCGGCAUCAGAUCUCCACUUGACUUAGCAACAACUACUUUCAUAUCGAGUAGUCUCUUGACAAAGCCAAUAACCACCGCCCAUAAUUCUAAAGAAGACCUUUCCUUAAUCGUUGCUAUGGAUAUUUGGAAAACAAGGAUCAACGCUGAUUCUCAUCCCCCCACAACCCAUAAACAGAAAGACUGGGAUGCACCAGUGGUUGCUCGAUGCGUUGAAACUCUCUUAUCUAGCAUGCAAUCUACCGACCGCACCCUAUUCUCUUCCUUGCUCAAUGGUACGGGACAUGAGUUUCUUGAGGCCAUCCCAUCUACCAAUCUUCAGCUUCAACUAUCCAACAAUGAAUUUACCCAUGCCAUCGGCAUUCGUCUAAAUUGUUCCAUCACUCACCCCCACAUCUGCUCAGGGUGCAACUCGCCAGUUGACUCGAAGGGUAGACAUAGUUUACAUUGUCGCUCCUGCAAUGGACGAUUCAUCAGACACAAGCAAUGUAAUACAAUCAUCCAACAUGCUCUGAAAUCCGCCCAAAUUCCUUCCACGUUAGAACCACAUGGUCUUUUUAGAUCUGACGGUAAACGUCCUGAUGGGAUCUCUCAAAUCCCAUGGAGGAGAGGCCAACUUUUGGUAUGGGACUAUUCCUGUAUUGACCCCUUGGCCCCAUCCAACCACGCCAUCAACAUCCUUGACCAGAAGGAACAACUUAAAAUUUCUAAAUACACAGAAAUAAUAAACGAUCAUUGCUUCAUCCCAAUCAUAUCAACCACUCUUGGCACCUUCGGCAAACUCGCCUUAGCAUUUUUCAAAAAAUUAGGAUCACAAAUCAGCAAACUCUCAGAAGAACCCCGAGAGGGUUUUUUCUUCGUCAACGAUUAUCCAUAG